GUAGUCUCCUCAAUUACAUUUCUUAUCUCCAUCCCUUCUGCAAGUCUAGAAAUGUCUAUCCUGCAUUGAUCCGUUGAAAAAUUUCCUCGAUCCAUUUUCUAUGUUGUCCUUCUCCUUUACUCGAGCUUUUUUGAAAAAUUUAUCUUUAUGAUUCUGUCACCGAGAUUCUCGUUUCUCGAUUAUACCCUCUCGCGUUAUCGGGUAGAUCUUGAUUGCGAUGGAAGUCAUGGCAUUUUGAUAUAAUCCCCUCAUUUUUCUACAUCACAAAUUCUCGUCGUUCCAGUUUCCUCGAUCCGUCUUCCUACAACUAAAUUCGGCCAUGCCUCCAAAGACGCGUCGACAAACGCGGAGGGGUGCUAGCACAAAAGCUCGAGGGCGGGGACGAGGACGAGCAAUAGCGACAGAAGAUACAGAAAAGGCUGAAGAUAUAGAUGCUUCAGCCUUGUCCGUUGUCCCAGAGGCUGCGGAACAUUCAGCAAAUGCACAGACUCAGGAUGAAUCCACAGAAUUACCAAUCUCCAAUGAUGCGGGAGAAGAUUUGCAUCCCACGCCGACAACCCAUCCUCCAAAUCACGCCUCUCAGAAUGUCACUUCCUCGACUACAUUAAAUCUCGCUGAACAAGGUUGUCAUGAUCUGGAUGGUUCUGGCAACCAUAAUGUUCCCCUUAUGGAAUCUAGCGGGGAAACAUCAGUGAUAGCAGAGCAGGCGGAUACUUUGAAACAGCCUCCAAAGAGAAACCUCGCGCAAAUGUUGGGAGACGAACAAGAUCAGACAAUAUUCAACGAUACGCAUAAAGACAGAGAAGAAAAGGAAGGCCAUCCGGCGGCAGGCCUCCCCAGCACAGAGGAACAAGAGAAGGCAGAGAAUAUCAUCAUGUCAGAAGAGAAGACACCCGAUGAAGCUCGCCAACAUCAACCACGCCAUGAGCACCAGCAUAAUGAGGCACAGAGCAACAAUGGCGAGAAAGACGAUAGUAGAGCAGCCAAACUCGAAGAAGAAAUAUCCUCUCUCCGCGCCACUUUGGAAGAUGUCCGGCGUCAACAAGCUGAAGUCUUAGCAAGUUUGAAACCACCGCACACCCCUUCCUCCGCACAGGACACUAUCAAGCAGCAUAUUUCGCUGCUGCACCAAUACAACGACAUGCGCGACAUUGGGACCGGCCUGCUCGGUCUCAUUGCCGAGAACAGAGGCGUUCGAGUCCGCGACGUUUUUGAAGAAUUUGGACUCGCAGAGGAUGAUUGAACCAAGCUUACAUGGCGUUGCUCAUUGCUCCUUGCUCGGUGCUCGGUCCCUGUUGCAUUGUUUUCUCCUAUUAGCGCCGCG